AUGGCGGUUCGACAGAGUCAAAGAACUUCCAAUCCAAAUCGUAGGCCUCUUCAUUGCUCGCACUGUGACGUUGACCAUCACACUGUUGAGACAUGCUGGAAACCGAAUGGGUACCCUCUAGGCCACCGCCUCCACAAGUCCAAGAAAGCUAAUGGGAAUGGCAAUCGUGACAAGCAUGGGGCUGCAUCCUUCUCGGCUAACCAUGUGACUUCUAGUCCCACCUUGCAAGAAUUACAAGCUGCUGUACCUAAUCUUUCUGAGACACAGUACCAACAAAUGCUUUCCAUGAUGAAUGAGAAGAUGAAUGACCAGCCACCGUCCCAGGCAAACGCUGCUGCUCUGUCAUCAGGUUUGUCAAGGUCGAGUUUGCCCUUACAUCAAUGGAUAAUCGAUAGUGGGGCAACCGAUCACAUCACUUCAUCUUCGCAUUUGCUUACUUCUAAAUGCUCAAAUUCUUCAAUGCCACCUGUUGUCUUGCCUAGUGGUGAAAAGGCUCCUAUCUCUUCUACUGGGACUUUAUCUUUAAAUUCACAAGACUUGGCUACGAAGACGACAAUUGGUUUGGGUAAACAAAGUGGGGGUCUAUAUCACCUUGUGGCGUUGGGUUCUGCAUCCUCAGCUUCCAAACCUUAUUCUUCUAUACCUCAAUCUUCCUGCAGUCUUGUCACCACCUCUACCCAUUUAUGGCAUCAGCUGCAAAAAAUCCGUGCGGAUAAUGGGGGAGAGUUUAUUUCUCUGCGUGCUUUUUUCAAGGAUAAUGGGACAAUUUUUCAACACUCUUGUGUUUCCACACCACAACAAAAUGGUGUUGUGGAACGCAAGCAUCGGCAUAUUCUUGAGACGGCUAGGGCAUUACGUUUUCAAGCUCAUCUCCCACUCCAUUUUGGGGGUGAAUGUGUGCUCACAGCCACUUAUUUAAUCAAUAGAUUCCCUACACCUAUUCUUUCACACAAAACCCUAUAUGAGAUGCUAUAUGCUAAGCCUCCUUCUUAUUCACACAUGAGAGUUUUCGGUUGUCUCGCUUAUGCAACUUCUAUCAACCCAUCUCAUAAAUUUGCUUCCCGAGCCAAGAGAUGUGUUUUCAUUGGUUACCCCAUUGGACAAAAGGCUUAUAAAUUAUAUGACCUUGAUACCCACAAACUCUUCACUAGUAGAGAUGUCAUCUUCCAUGAGGAUUCUUUCCCAUAUCAAUCACUGGCCCAUCAAUCUUCCACCACAACAACAUCUGUCUUACCUAUUCCUAUUUAUGACACGCCACUUAGCUCAUCACCCAGCCAAGAUAUCAACAACCAAGAUACCACCAAUCAAGAUACCACCAAUCAAGAUACACCAACACCACCUCUUCCAAAUCAUGACCCGCAUAUCACCCCAGAGCCACAAUUGCCAAUUUCUUCUCCACCACCGGUUUCCGCACCACCUUUGAGACAAUCCCAUCGCCAUAAGACACCUUCUGUUCUUCUCAAAGAUUAUGUUUGUUCACAGGUGACGAUGCCCCCACAUGACCCUAUGUCGUCUUCCUCGCCAAGUCAUCAUAAAGAGGCAAUACUUGAUCCUCAUUGGAAAGAAGCCAUGGAUUCGGAACUACAGGCUUUAGAGUCCAACCACACUUGGACCAUCACCACUCUUCCUCCUGGCAAAGAACCCAUUGGUUGCAAAUGGGUCUAUAAAAUCAAGCAUCACUCCGAUGGAUCCAUCAAGCGUUAUAAGGCUUGUUUGGUGGCUAAAGGGUACACCCAGACAGAGGGCAUUGACUAUCACGACACUUUCUCUCCUACAGCAAAAAUGGUCACUGUUCGAUGCAUUCUUGCUCUUGCCGCUGCCCAAAAUUGGUCACUUCACCAACUUGACGUGCACAAUGCUUUUCUUCAUGGGGAUCUCCAUGAGGAAAUCUAUAUGUCUCUACCUCCUGGUUGUCGGCGACAGGGGGAGAAUUUGGUAUGUCGCCUCAACAAGUCUCUAUAUGGUUUAAAACAGGCAUCUCGACAGUGGUUUGCAAAGUUUUCAGAAGCCAUACAAGCUGCAGGCUACACCCAAUCCAAAGCUGAUUAUUCACUCUUCACUUGCAAAAAUGGGAAGUCUUUUACAGCUCUCUUAAUUUAUGUCGAUGACAUUCUGAUUACAGAAAAUAAUGUAGCUGCGAUUAAUUCUCUCAAACAGUUUUUGCACACUCGAUUCCGAAUCAAAGACCUUGGUGAUUUGAAGUAUUUUUUAGGGAUUGAAGUGUCCCGUUCAAAGUAA